GCCGCGUAUUGUGCUCGAGCCGCCGGCGUUACCUUCGGCAUUCCCGGCUCUGGUGCUCGUGUCUGCUUCUCGCUACAGACCCGCCGGCCUAUGGGAUUGCGGUUGAAAAUGAUGCACCCUGUUGCCAGCAGUAAUGCAGCAUUCUGUGGGACGGGCAAGAGCUCUUGCCUUAACGAAGACAGCGUGAGAGCUGCUGACCAGUUUGACUUGUAUGCCACGCAGCAAAGUAAAUACAGCCACGCAGUGAGCCACAAACCCAUCGCGUGCCAGAGACAAGAUGCGCUGAAUGAGUCCCACCUGCAGACCACAAGCAGCAGGAAUAUAGAAACAAAAGAUGAACUGAAGAAAAAGAAAAACCUCAACCGAUCCGGUAAACGUGGGAGGCCAUCAGGGACCACAAAAUCAGCAGGGUACCGAACCAGCACGGGUCGACCCCUGGGGACCACCAAAGCAGCUGGAUUUAAGACAAGUCCAGGCAGACCCUUGGGCACAACUAAAGCAGCAGGAUACAAAGUCAGCCCAGGCAGACCUCCAGGUAGCAUUAAAGCUCAAUCCCGGUUUGCAAAUCUAAGUUAUACGUGUGGCAGUGCAGCUUCCUAUCCUAUGGUGCAUAACAGAGGAGUGCAUGCUGCUGGUGAAACUAGCAGCAAACUCAAGCAGCCUAACGAAUGAAAGGAAGGAAUUAGUAACUGCUUACUAAUCUGCUUUACUCUGGAUUUUGGCAUGUUUCUUGCAUUUUAUUGUAGCAUUUGCAUACGUUUGAGUUUCUAGAUUUUAUUUUUACUCAAAUAAUGCCAUAGUCUAUGGGUGCAGUUCAGUAACUUUUAAAGCAGUGUCGAGAGGGCAUUGGUAUAAAGUCUUCUUUGUUGUUGUUUUUAAAUCGUAAUUUAAAAGAAAGUCUGAACUGAAGGAUAGGCCGUGGUGUCUACACCUUAGUAAAAUCCAUGUUCCUAGUUUUACGUUCAGUUUUGGGUAAAUCUAGUUUUGUGGUUAUGCAUUAAGUAAUUGAAAGAAGGAGGAGAGAAUUAGCUGGCUGUUGGCUGAUGAUGGGGCCUAUCUCACCAUAGGGAACUCGUGCAGAUGAGUUCAUACUUGAUAAAGAAAAAGAAACUAUUUGGGACUGUUUAACUUAGUUAAAACAGCGACAUUCUGAGUUCCUGUGUGUUUUUAAAGGAAUAGAAAGCAAGUUACGUUCUUCUCUUCAGCAGGAGCUUCUACAGACCUCAGGCAGAUCCAUAGAAACUUAAACAAACCAAAAAAA